UCGGCAUCGGUGAAUUAGCAAGUUCGAGGCCUCAGUUUAACUUAAAUAUUUAUCAACCAUCACUCGUAAUUUUCCACAUUGAUCUCGGCCAUUAAAUUUCUCGGUUAAAAGUGAAUACAUAUGUACAUUAGUAUAAAAUAGCACAUGAAAGUCAAAUUUUGAGGAAUGGCAAUGUGCAUACUAUGUACUAGCUGCACAAAGCGCUUUCACGUUUUCUUGGUUUCGCGAAACGGGCACACUGCCGUCGUGAAGCGCCAAUUCUUAGGCCCCAAAAUUAUUUUUGAAGAACUGCGUAAUAUUUAGAUAUAAUUGGGCAGCUACACUGCUGCAAAAGUGUGUACGAUGUCCGAAGAAAGCGACUAUUUGUUAGCCCUCCGUCUAAGCUAUGAACUGAACGGAGAAGACGGCAUACAACACAAGAGUCGUCUGGACUCGCAGCCAGCCAAAUCGGCGGCAUCGCAAGAUGACGACUAUAUCUUGGCUCUUAAGCUACAGGCCGAGGAACAGGGCGAGAGCUCCGAACCGACCGACGACCUGGACGGCAGCAUUCAGUUUGUUUAUCCAUCAAAACAGACGAAUGCGUUGGUCGAGAGCUCGCCAAAGCGCCUUGCAAGCGCCGUGAAUCACGAGGAGGACUACCUGAAUCAGACCAGCAAUCUGGUACAUUCCGACUGGGAAAUUCUGGAUCCCACACCCAACAUCUUCUCUAUGUUCGUGCGCUUCGACGAGAAAUUCUUCAAGAAGCGCUUGGGCGGCGUCGUGCUGGAGUGGAGCAAGCGCAUGUUCUCGUGCGCUGGGAUCUGCUAUCUUCGCAGCAACAGAUACACCAAGGAGAUUACAAUACGGCUAAGCGAGCCGCUGCUCAAGCUGCGUCCGCGCAAGGACCUCGUAGAAACUCUGUUGCAUGAAAUGAUCCAUGCCUAUUGCUACAUGAUGAACAUACGCGAGGGCAACGGCGGCCAUGGCCCGAACUUCAAGCGGUUCAUGAACACCAUCAACCAGGUGGCCGGCACCAACAUCUCUGUCUAUCACACCUUCCACGAUGAGGUGGAGAUGUAUAAAACUCACGUGUGGCGCUGCUCGGGCAUUUGCCAGAACCGCCAUCCGUUCCGUGGCUGGGUUAAGCGCACCUCGAACCGCGCCCCAGGGCCCAAUGAUCAGUGGUGGGAGAAGCACACAAUCGAAUGCGGCGGAACCUUUCACAAGGUUAGCGAGCCAGAAAAAUCCAAGCCGGUGAAGUCUAAAGCUGAGAAACCAAUGCGCAAGCCCACUGCCAAAAAGGAUCCGUCUCUCAGUGGGGAUAUACGCAACUAUAUCGUCAAUCCGCCCGCCAAGAGGCAGGCAAUCGAGUCAAACGUGUCCAACUUGGUCGGCUCAGUUCCGCCCACUUCAUACCCGGGACAGAGUCACAAUCCGUUUUCAAUGCCCGCCAGCAGCAAGCUGCCGACCAAGUCCAAUAUCUGGGGCAUGGCGGAUCUCAACAACAGCGGGGACGAGAAGAAGAACAAUACCGCAAUUUUCAAAGAAAACUUCUUGACUGGCGAAGGCAACACUCUGUCGGGGGAGACGGCUGCGCCUCCAACUGCGGGAGGAUCCUCGACCAGCGAUUCAGCCUUUGUGCGCAACAUUUGGCAGAAGCGCUUUAAUAAUGAGUCAACUAUGAAAAAUCCUAAGGAGAAGGAGAGCGAGACCGAAACCGAGAAUACCACUGGAAAGCGUCCCCAUAGCUACGUGGAUGAUAGUCCUAUGCUGUCCUGGGAGUCCUAUGAUGAAGACGUGAUGGUGGCGGAGGAUAUUACGCCCACAGUCCUGAUCCUGAGCAGCGAUGACGAAGCGGAUGGCAAUGAACACGCAAAGGUCAGCAACUCAACUUUAUUUGCAAGUGGCAUAAGCAGCCAGGAGAGGACGCGCAAGAUCAAGGAGGAGGUGAUGUCCGACGAGUCGCGGAACUUUGACGAUGAUGAAAUCGUGCUCAUUGACGAUGAAUACGAUGACGAGCAGCAGACAGACAACCUUGAUAGCAGUCUGGUGGCGGCCACCGAGUUGGCCGACCAGUCCGUCAUAGACGACUUGUUCGGGGUGGAUACCCUGCUGGCAGAGUUCCAGCUGCAGAACGAUGUCGUGCCGACUGGAUCGCGGGUCAAGAACAAUUUAAACAACGAUAUUGUGGCCUGCCCCAUCUGCUUUGGAAGAAUUAAACGCUCGCAAUUGUCGAAUCAUUUCGAAGGGUGCUUCAUCACCAACACAGUGGAGCCGCCCUCCUUCAAGCCGAAGCAGCCUAAGCCUCGCGGCAAGCCAUCGACAGGUACAAAACGAGUCUCCUCAAAGCAAUUGUUGCGCAACGCUGGCUACACCGAUGCUGAGAUAGCCCCGCUCAACCUGAGCACAUCCAGCGAUUCGGCCCAUAACGUUACCAGCGAUGAGGAACUAACACCGCGCCAGAUGCGUCAGCGCAGUCUAUUCAAAAAGACCGUUUCGUGCCCCAAGUGCGGCCAGGAGUUGCUCGGCCACCAAAUGGAGGCCCAUCGCAGCCUCUGCGCCGAGAAGCGCCGCCGCUAGAAUAUAUUGUUACCUAUUAUUAUUCCAAAUAUUCGACAAACACAUAUAAUAUUUACAUUUGUAUACAUACAUUGAAUGUUAAGCCCUCUCAUUUUGUUUGUACCCAUCCUUUUUUUUUUU